GUUUGUUAUGUCACACUCGUGUGACGGAAUCGUAUCCAACUCUUCAGACGGUUUCACUCGGUCGUGUCUACUGGGUUCAGACCUGUUUCGCCGUGUAUGCCGGUCACCUAUGCGUCCGCCUAAACGUUGGAAGGCUGUGGUUUCUUACCUGUCGACGUUUCUCUGCUUAAUUGUGGCCACAAACGUUACCGUCCAGAAACACCAUGUGUCCCGGGAUAAACGCGGACAAGUGCUGGGAAACGUCCGAGGAUUCCGCGGAUGUACCGUCUGGUUUACGGGACUUUCGGGCGCGGGUAAAACAUCGGUGUCGUUCGAACUGGAAGCUUAUUUAGUGGCCAGAGGUAUACCGGCUUACGGUCUGGACGGCGACAACAUGCGGACCGGCUUGAACAGGGACUUGGGCUUCAGUCCUGGCGACCGCGAAGAAAACAUCAGACGAGUGGCUGAGGUGGCCAAGUUGUUUGCCGACAGCGGGGUCGUUACCUUGUGCAGUUUUGUCUCCCCGUUCAACCAGGAUCGAGAAAUGGCCAGGAAAAUACACAAGGACGCUGAUCUACCGUUUUUCGAAGUGUUCGUGGACGCUCCACUUAGCGUUUGCGAAGAACGGGACGUUAAGGGUCUGUACAAGAAAGCCAGAGCUGGAGAAAUCAAAGGAUUCACUGGAGUUGACCAAGUUUACGAAAAGCCAGACUCGCCAGAGCUGGUUCUGAAAACUGUCCACUUAUCAAUUGAAGAGAGUACCAUGGAAGUAGUGAAAAUGCUCGAAGAAAACGAAAUUAUUCCCUUGCAAAUCAACCGCGAGGUCGCUCGCAUACCCGAAUUGUUUGUUCCGGAAAACGCUAUUGAAAAAACUAAAGCCGAGGCGCUACAACUCCCCAGACUCGAUAUUGGUAAAUUAGACAUGCAGUGGGUACAAGUAUUAGCUGAAGGAUGGGCAGCUCCGCUGAAUGGAUUUAUGAACGAAGAAGAAUAUUUGCAGACUUUACACUUCAACAGCUUUUCCGAAGACGUCAACCAAUCCAUUCCCAUUGUUUUACCAGUUAGCACGAAAAUAAAAGAAGAGCUCAUGGGUUGUGAAGAAAUUGCUUUAUGGUACAAUUCAAAACCGGUCGCCAUAAUUCGCAAACCGUCUUUCUAUCCUCACCGCAAAGAGGAACGGGUGUGCCGUCAAUUUGGUACAUUACAUCCCAAUCAUCCGUACAUCAAGAUAAUUAACGAGAGCGGUGAUUGGUUGGUUGGUGGCAAUUUAGACGUGAUCGAACGGAUCAUGUGGAAUGAUGGUCUUGACGACUUACGUUUCACUCCAAACGAGUUGCGGGCCAAAUGGAGAGAAAUGAAGGCGGACGCCAUUUUCGCUUUUCAACUGCGCAAUCCAAUACACAACGGACAUGCUUUGUUGAUGCAGGACACCAAGAGAAAGCUGUUGGAGCGUGGCUAUAAAAAACCGGUGCUGCUAUUACAUCCGCUCGGCGGUUGGACAAAAGACGACGACGUUCCGCUUCCUGUGAGAAUCCAACAGCACAAAGCCGUGCUUAGAGACGGUAUAUUGGAUCCAGAAACCACCGUUUUGGCUAUAUUCCCGUCACCAAUGACUUAUGCCGGACCUACUGAAGUACAAUGGCAUGCCAAGGCACGCAUGUCUUCCGGAGCGAAUUUCUACAUCGUUGGUAGGGAUCCUGCUGGAGUUCCUCAUCCAGAUGGUAAUCCGCCAAGGGACUUGUACGAUCCUACACAUGGAGCACGCUUAUUGACCAUGGCACCCGGACUGACCGAUAUGGAAAUCAUUCCUUUCCGAGUAGCCGCAUACGACAAGACUAAAAAGGCCAUGGACUUUUACGACUCAACGAGGCAUAGCGACUUCAAUUUCAUAUCUGGCACAAAAAUGAGAGGUCUUGCUAAGGAUGGGGUAGAACCACCAGCUGGAUUUAUGGCACCAUCUGCUUGGGAAGUGUUAUCGAGCUACUAUAAAUCGUUGAACAAAAUAUAGAUCAAACUUAAUAAAAAGGUCCUUUGAGACAAGGAACAUACAUUCCUAUUUUCGAUCAAUUAUCGUCCCUCCAAUAUUUUUAUUUAAGUCACCAAUGAUUAAUAUUAUUGAUUUUAACUUCAAUCAAAUAUAUUAUAAUAGAGUUUGUGUCUAAUUUUAUGAAACUAAUAUUUAUUAUAAACAGUUGUAACACAACUAAGAUUGAUGUUUUGGCGUUUAAUAUUUUUCUUGGAUUGUAUUUUCGAAUAGCUUUACAAUUUAAUUUUUGUUUAAUUAUUAAUGUAUGAACCGGUAGUGGCAUACGUUUAACACAAACAGGACGUUCACUGUAAGUUAACUCUUAAACUUAUUCAAUGCGAUUUUAGUUGACUUACAUCUAGAAUUAGUUGACUUUAAUACUAUGAACAAAAUGUUUGAUCAUCCGUUUAUUUUUAUUAUGAUUAUUGAUUAUUAUUAUUAUUAUUAGAAGAUCAUUGAUAGUUCUAUAAUUUAUGUUACCUUGUUAAUGUUUCAAAUUUUAAUUUAAUUUUAAUAUAUUUAGAAAUAUUUAUUAAUGUAAAA